AGAUAAUGAAAAAAUUGAAACAAGAGAUCGAUAAAAUGAAGAAGGCAGUUGAAGAAAAACAAAAUCGUCAAAAAGUAUCAAAGGAGGAAAAGAAGAAGACAUCAGGAUUGAAAGCACGAUUGGCGAAGAAGGGUUUAAUACAUUUUUCAUCUUAAGUCACGUUUAAAAAGGCCAGCUGCUAAACACUUUCCUAAUAAUGCAUCUUUACCAGUUUUUCUUUGUUCGCAUUUGUGGGCUCCGACCAGGAAACAUCUCUGUAAUAAUUCCAUUUUUCUUUUUUUCUCAUCUUCUUUUCUCCUUUUUUCAUCUCUUUUCUUUUUCUCUUCUUUCUUCUUUUUAUCAUCUCCUUCAUCUUCUCCAUGUUCUUCAUUUUCUUCAUUAAUAGAGUCAAAAAAGUUCGUGAACAUGUUAAUAUGCAAAUCUUUUCGCACAGCUUUAUAAAGUCCAGCUUGAAAACAUUUAUUUAGUAAAGUGUUGUUGUUGUAUUCAAUCGGCGUGUGAGUCGUUGGAGAAAAAUUAAACUCUGAAUGUUGAUCUGUUAA